GUCAUCCGGGUUGGAUCUUCGCUGUUGCUGCCGCCGCCGCCGCCGCCUUCCAGGGCGAUCCCUUCCCUGCAUCGGCGCUGAAUCCUUCGGAGAAGGCUGCCCGCUUUUGCCAGGAGCUACGUGGGGGGAGGAAACAGCAACCACCUCUCACCAAACAUUGGACUGCAAAGCCCUUCAAUUGAUCAGCCUCCAGAAACCAUGCAUGGGGGGAAACCCUCUGAGCAGAGUUCCCCUCAGAGGAACCAGGAAGGAUUGUCUACAUGCUCCCAAUGCGGGAAAUCCUUUGCUCACCGGUCCCUCCUUUUGAUCCACCGGAAGCUGCACACGGGGAGUGGAUCCCACCUGUGUUCUCUUUGUGGAAGCUCCUUUCCCGGAGUCUGGAGCUUUGCCAAACAUCUCCGGAGCCACCCUGGAGUGAAGCCUUACAAAUGCGGAGAGUGCAGGGAGCGUUUUCCUAAAGGCUCGGACCUUGGAGCCCAUCAGCGAAUCCACCAGGGAAGAAAGAGAUCUCAGGAAUGCCGGAAGUGGAGGAACAGAUUGUGGUUAUGUCAAAAAUCAGAGCUUCACACACGAGAGAAACAUUACAAGUGCGGCCAAUGCGAGAAGGCCUUCCCUCAGAAGUCGCAGCUUUGGCUCCACCAGAAAUUUCACCAGGAAAUAAAGCCUUACAAUGCGUGCGGGGGUGAAAUUGCCCCGCGAUCCUCUCUUCGGAGUCACAAGAAAAAAAACCGAUGGGAGAAAAAUGAAGAGUGUCCAGAAUGCGGGAAAUGUUUUUCCACCAAGGCCUCCCUGAUACGACAUCAGAGAAUCCACUUUGGCGACAGACCCUAUCAAUGCUCGGACUGUGAGAAACCAUUUGUGUAUUUUUCGGACCUUUGCAGGCACCAGGAAUGGCACAGAGGAAAGAAACACUAUAAAUGUGCGGAGUGUGGGAAAAGCUUUUCUUGCAAGUCCUAUCUUCGUUCACACCAGGAUGCCCACACAGGGGGGAAACCCUACAAGUGCACAGAGUGUGGGAAGUGCUUCCUUGUAAAGGGGAGCCUGUGUCAACACCAGAAGAUUCACUCCGGGGAGAAGCCCUUUCAGUGCAUCGAGUGUGGAAUGUUUUUUCUUACCAAAGGAGGCCUCACACGUCACGGGCAAGUUCACAAAGGAAGAAAAGAUCACAAAUGUUUGGACUGUGGGGCAGUAUUUGCUUAUUUGUCAACCCUGAGAAAACACAGCCUGAUAAAGCACGUAGGAGUGACCUCUCUGAAAUGUUUGGAGUGCGGUAAAUGUUUUUUCAGAAAUGACAGCCUUUUGAGGCAUCGGAGAAUUCAUACCAGAGAAAAGCCUUAUGAAUGUCUGGAGUGUGGGAAAUCUUUUGCUUACAAGGAAUAUCUUAAGGUCCACGAGAGGCUUCACACAGGAGAGAAACCUCACACCUGCAGGAACUGUGGGAAGGACUUUGUACGUAUUAGUGACCUUCGGACCCAUGAGGAGAUUCACACAGGGAUAAAAUCUCAUAAGUGCUCUGAGUGCGGAAAAUGUUUUGGUUGGAGUUCAUCUCUCCGGAGUCACAAGAAAAAAAACCGACUGGAGAAAAAUGAAGAGUGUCCAGAAUGUGGGAAAUGUUUUUCCACCAAGGCCUCCCUGAUACGACAUCAGAGAAUCCACUUUGGUGACAGACCCUAUCAGUGCUCCGAAUGUGAGAAACCAUUUGUGUAUUUUUCGGACCUUUGCAGGCACCAGGAAUGGCACGGAGAAAAGAAACACUAUAAAUGUGAGGAGUGUGGGAAAAGCUUUUCUUGCAAGUCCUAUCUUCGUUCACACCAGGAUGCCCACACAGGGGAGAAACCCUACAAGUGCACAGAGUGUGGGAAGUGCUUCCUUGUAAAGGCAAGCCUGUGUCAACACCAGAUGAUUCACUCCGGGGAGAAGCCCUUUCAGUGCAUCGAGUGUGGAAUGUUUUUUCACACCAAAGGAGGCCUCACGCGUCACGGGAAAGUUCACAAAGUAGAAAAAGAUUACAAAUGUUUAGACUGCGGAAGAACAUUCGCUUAUUCGUCAUCCCUUAGAAAUCACUACAACAUAAUGCAUCUCGGAGUGACGCCCCAUAAGUGCUCCGAGUGCGGGAAAUGUUUUAGCAGAAAAGCAAAUCUUUUGAGGCAUCAGCAAAUUCAUACCGGAGAAAAACCUUAUCGGUGUCAGGAAUGUGGGAAAUCUUUUAUUCACAAAGAAUAUCUCAGGAAUCACGAGAAAUUUCACACAGGGGAGAAGCCUUACAGGUGCGGGGAAUGUGGGAAAGGCUUUACCCGCAGUUCAGACCUUCGGGUACACGAGAAGAUUCACACAGGAAGAGGUUCUUAUCAAUGCCCCGAGUGUGGGAAAAGUUUCAGUUGGCGUUCAUCUCUUCGGAGGCAUAAGAAAGCGCAUAAAAGUCAGGAAAAGUGCCCGGAAUGUGGGAAAUGUUUUUCCCAGAAAUCGCAUUUGUUGCGACAUCAGAAAGUUCACAUUGGGGACAGUCCCUAUGAAUGCCCGGUAUGUGCAAAACGAUUUGUGGAUUCUGCUGAACUUCAGGGACACCAGAAGGGGCACGGAGGAGAGAAGCCCUAUAAAUGUGGGGACUACGGGAAAAGUUUUUAUCAAAAUUCAGAAGUUGGUGUACAUCAGAGCAUCCACACGGGGGAGAAGCCCUGUAAAUGUGGGGAGUGUGAGAAAUGUCUUGCUCAGAGGGCGGAACAUCAGAGAAUUCACUCGGCGGAGAAGCCCCAUCGGUGCAUCGAGUGUGGAACAUUUUUCCGUCGUGAAUCAGCCCUUAGAAGUCACAUGAAAAUUCACACAGAGCAAGUAAUUAUUUUAGAUUGAUAACUGUGCAUGUCUUCUAGAAGGCAACUUCUACCUGCCUUCAUUUGUACUCUCACAUUCACACAUGGGUGUACCCUCAAGAGAGCCUUGCCAGGAAGAGAUGAAGGAAAUCUGGUUUAAUCACCUUAGGUAAAGGAGUUCGUGGAAGACUGUCUUGUGAUUUCGGGACAACUAAAUGGAGAGGUCCUCUUGGAUAUAUAUUUACUUCCUGGCCCAUCCUAGAGCUCCUGGUGGUCUCCCAUCCAGCACUCAUGAGCUUAUUGAAUCAAGGUAAAGGGGGAUGAGAGAAUUGUUGGGGUGAGG